UAGGGGAUGGGCGGAUGCCAAAAUGCUCAGACAGAGAAAGUCGGUCGGUCCAUAUGCAAGUGUUCUUCCACAAUAGUUUUUUGGGAAACCUUUAAAUAUAUCACUAUCAUAUUUUUAUUCCAAAAAAAGGGACGAAUUUUAGUUCAUUCUGACAACCCAAAUAACAUUUUAGGAAUGUUUCCUCUGGAGAUAGGGAUGAUCUGACGGCUCGCCCGCACCACCGCUUUCAAGCUUCACUCUUGGAGCCCGCUCCACUUCGUUAGCAAGCCAUCGGCAGGCUGAUGUUUAGCAGAUUAUUUUUCUAGCUAGCUCGCUAGCUUGUCUGAUACCUAACCUGGUAACGUAGAGUUUUAACCUAGCUAUGGGAUUUGUGCAGUGUGUGUGUAUUAGCUAUUAUCAAUAGCGAUUUAUUAAGGUAGCUCCGUGAAAGUAGUGGGCAUCUGUUUUUUAUCGAGCCCAAUCGAGUUAGCCCGCUAGCCCGCUACAAAGAGCUCAGUGGAUGUACAGCCAAUAACGUUAUUUGUGUCCUUUGUUUUGAAAGGACUUUUGUGAUAGCCAGCUACGUGUUGUAAGUUGUUUUAUAUCGUCGGAUGGCUCCUCAAAAGUAUUCGGGUCAAGUUAUGAGCAACUCUGCGAACUGUAAAACAAACGGCGUUAUGUACCCGUCCUCUGCGGCCGUGAUGAACGCGGCGAAGAAGCCCAAGAUGGAACAGAUUCAAGCAGACCAUGAGUUGUUCUUGCAGGCCUUUGAGAAGCCGACUCAAAUAUACAGAUUCCUGCGGACAAGGAAUCUGAUCGCGCCUAUACUUCUGCAUAGGACACUCACCUUCAUGUCUCACAGAAACUCGAGAACAAAUGCAAGGAGAAAGACCUUCAAAGUGGAUGACAUGCUUCCCAGAGUGCAGGCCAUGAAAGGAGAGCAGGACUCCCACAACUUGGCAUCACACCUACAGCUCACAUUUACUGGAUUCUUUCAUAAGAACGACAAGCCAUGCCAAAACUCCGAAAACGAGCAAAACUCAGUGUCUUUGGAGGUUCUACUCGUCAAAGUCUGCCAUAAAAAACGCAAGGAUGUCAGUUGCCCAGUGAAGCAAGUGCCUACGGGUAAGAAGCAGGUGCCUUUGAACCCCGAUCUCAGCCAAACGAAGCCGGGUGCCUUCCCCUCCCUACUGGUCUCCAGCAACGAGUUUGAGCCCAGCAACAGCCACAUGGUCAAGUCCUACUCCCUUCUGUUCAGGGUGUCGAGAGCCGGCAAGAGGGACCCAAACGGCCUGGUGAACGGAGAGACUGAUGAGAACAUGGAUGUGAAGGAGGAGCUCCCCGGCAGGAAAAAGAGAAACUCCUCCCACAGAGACGACGGCGAGGCCACUGAGACAUUUGUUGCACAGAUGACCGUUUUUGACAAGAACAGACGCCUGCAGCUGCUGGAUGGGGAGUACGAGGUGUCCAUGCAGCAGGUGGAGGACUGCCCCGUGAGCAAGAAGAGGGCCACAUGGGAGACCAUCCUGGAUGGGAAGAGGCUGCCCCCGUUUGAGACCUUCUCUCAGGGACCCACGCUGCAGUUCACCCUUCGCUGGACGGGCGACCCCAACGACCCGUCCACCGCGCCCGUGGCCAAACCGCUGUCCACACGCAACUCUGACACCAGUGCCGCCGAGAGCAGGCCCAGCACUCUCCGAUCAGCACCUCUGGCUGUCAAAGACUCAGUCAGCACCAGCAUCCAGACGAGGCGAGAGCAGUCUGUGUGUGAGCCGAGGCAGAAACUGCGCAUAUUUUAUCAGUUCCUGUAUAACAACAACACACGGCAGCAGACGGAGGCGCGGGAUGACCUGCACUGCCCGUGGUGCACGCUCAACUGCCGCAAACUCUACAGCCUGCUCAAGCACCUCAAGCUCUCCCACAGCCGCUUCAUCUUUAACUACGUGCCUCACCCAAAGGGAGCCCGGAUAGACGUGUCAAUAAACGAGUGCUAUGACGGCUCGUACGUGGGCAACCCCCAGGACAUCCACAGCCAGCCGGGCUUCGCCUUCAGCCGUAACGGCCCGGUCAAGAGAACAGCAGUCACACACAUCCUGGUAUGCAGGCCCAAGCGCACUAAACCCAGCCUGUCGGAGUUCCUGGAGUCGGAGGAGGGUGAGCCGGAGCAGCAGCGGACUUACGUCAGCGGCCACAACCGCCUCUACUUCCACAGCGACAGCUGCAUGCCGCUGCGGCCGCAGGAGAUGGACGUGGACAGCGAGGACGAGCGCGACCCCGAGUGGCUCCGAGAGAAGACAAUUACGCAAAUCGAGGAGUUCACGGACGUGAAUGAGGGCGAGAAGGAGGUUAUGAAGCUGUGGAACCUUCACGUCAUGAGGCACGGUUUUAUAGCAGACAACCAGAUGCCGCAGGCCAUCAUGCAGUUCGUGGAUACCUGCGGCCCACACAUCAUCCGCCGCAACCUUCGGCGCAACUUCCUGCUGCACCUGGUCAGCAUGCACGACUUCAACCUGGUCACCAUCGCCACCAUCGACCGCACCAUGGCGCGCUUGCACGAGAUCGAGGACGAGCUGCCCGAGACGGACGAGAGCCUGCCCGACACCCAUGGAGUCUGUAACGGCCACGCGCUAAGCUCCGGAGUCUCGCUACACGGCAAGCGCACCAAGAGCGCCAUGUCUGACUGACAAGCCCUCUUCACCUCAUUCUAGUGCCAGAGAAGACUGGUUUCCCUUUUACGAUUUAUUUGGAUGGUUUCCGGGGACUUGUGAGUUUGUCGACUUGUUAAGACUGGCAAUUAUGAGCGAAAUCCUAAAUGGACCACGAGGUGGGGUGAAAAAUCCAUUUUAGCAUCGGAUAGCUCACUCCUUCCUCACAAUCAUGGCUAGAGUAUGGUGAUCCUCACCUAGUAAUCGGAAAGCUCUGU